GCAAAGAUACGGGAAUUAAGAGUUUUUUACAGCUAACCCAAACAAAAAGAAGUACAGUAUAAAUUAAGUAAAUGAGUUUACGCAUUCUGAUAAAAGACGAUACCGUGCAGCGAUUACUACCCCCGCACUAGAAACGCCAAGGUGAAACUCGAGAAUAACCAGCAAGAAGUAAGUUAACUCGAAAUAUUUUCUCUCAAAAAUGCAUCUCGAUUCAAAAGAUAAAAAGGUUGUGUUUGUAAGAAGGAAAUAUGAAAGGUUGUGUUUGUAAGAAGCGUCUAGUUAAUCAGAGACUCUGACAAACUACUCAGAGACAGAGUUCAGACCCAAUUCAAUAGAACUGAUAAGAAUCCAGUGAGUCACAGGCUAGAUUACAUUGUAUACAAAUACAAAUUUCUUUGACUUUGUCUUUGAAUGUUUUCGUGUGAUGAAUGCAUCAAUUUACCAUUGUAAUGGCGAAGUUAUAUGUGGUACAUGUUAGGGCAAUUGCCUUUAGACAGUGGAGGCAUUGCUUAGAGCCUUAGAAACAUGUCAAACUACGUUCGCUUGAGACGGCAACGGAGAACCCCGCGUUCAACAUGGACGAACUGAUUCCGAGAGACUCUGAACAUGUUGAAUUAGAGAAUCGAAUGAAAACACCAGAGGACGACGCGUUUGCUACGGAUCCAAAUUUAAACGGCGACGUGAGAUUAGCCCAAGGGGGGGAAGAAGAACGAGAACAAUGGUCGAGUAAAUUUGAUUUUAUGCUCUCUAUUAUUGGUUAUUGCGUAGGAAUUGGCAACGUCUGGCGGUUUCCAUAUUUAUGUUUUCAAAAUGGUGGAGCGACGUUUCUCAUUCCUUAUUUCCUGAUGUUGGCUUUCUGUGGUAUUCCGAUGAUGAUGUCUGAGUUUAGUUUGGGACAAUAUUUGAGUCUUGCUCCACCAACCCUUUUUGCAACUAUAUGUCGUAUGGGAAGAGGUAUUGGUUUCGCAAUGAUGCUGAUUUCAUAUCUGGUGUCAAUUUAUUACAAUGUUAUUAUAUGUUGGUCCAUCAUCUAUCUUGUUAGUUCAUUUACUAGUGAGGUUCCUUGGAAAAAUUGCGACCCUGAAUGGGCUUCUGAUAAGUGUAGUACUGUUGACGAGAGAAGAACAUUCAAUGACCUAAAGGGAAACUGUACCAAUGGAACUCGUUGGAUAAACUCAACUUAUCAAGUCAACUGUAGUACUGAUGCUUCAAAAUUAGUUGCUUCAUCCCUGGAGUAUUACAAUAAUCAUGUUCUGGGGAAGACUGACAGCAUUGACGAAAUUGGUGAUUUCAGAUGGAAAAUCUGUUUAGCGUUGUUUUUUGCUUGGACCUGCGUCUUUUUAUGUCUGUUUAAAGGCGUCAAAACAUCAGGAAAGGUGGUGUGGGUAACGGCCACCAUGCCAUAUAUUGUCCUCUUUAUUUUAUUUAUACGUGGCGUCACGCUUGAGGGAGCGGGGAUUGGAAUUGAGUUUUACCUGAAACCAGAAUGGGACAAGCUUUGGGAUGCCAAGGUCUGGGUGGCCGCGGCUUCGCAGAUAUUCUACUCUCUUGGAGUGGGGUGGGGAACAGUCCUGGUCUACGGCAGCUACAAUAAGUUUAACAAUAACUGCGUCUUUGAUGCAAUCUUGGUUUCCUGCAUCAACUGUGGCACAAGCUUCUUCGCAGGUUUCGUCGUCUUCAGUGUCCUUGGUUUCAUAUCCCAUCAGUUAAACGAGGAUAUUUCUAAUGUUGCCACCUCAGGUCCUGGUCUGGCAUUCAAUGUCUAUCCCGAAGCCAUUUCACGACUCCCAAUAUCGCCAUUAUGGGCUGUCCUAUUCUUUCUCAUGUUGUUUACCCUGGGCCUGGACAGUCAGUUCGGUACGUUGGAAUGUAUAAUUACUGGGAUCACAGAUGAAUACAGCAACAAGUUUUCGAAGCACAAGACAGCACUUAUUGCUUUCACCUGUUACUCUCUCUUUAUUCUUGGACUGCCGUUAUGUACUGGCGGCGGUGUAUAUAUUCUUAAUUUAAUGGAUUAUCGUUGUGGUGGUAUAGCAAUGAUUUUUGUCGCCUUUAUUGAAGCAAUCGUGGUUGCGUGGGGUUAUGGAGCUGAUCGUUUAGCAGGAAAUGUUGAGACAAUGAUUGGUAAACGACCUCCGAGAUAUUUUGUCAUUUGUUGGAAGUUCAUCAGCCCCGGUCUGUUGUUUAUUAUUCUUCUAUCACAAAUUAUUCAAUGGGAACGUGUAACACUGGAUGGUUAUGUUUACCCGGAAUGGACUGAAGGAUUGGGUGGAUUGCUCGCCGCCUCAUCAUUUCUCGUACUUUCAGGAUUUGCAAUCUAUGAAAUAUAUCAUGCGCAGGGGUCGACUCUAAGAGAGAAAAUUUGCAACACAUGGAAGCCGGACAAUGAUCGAAUAUCGGCGAUAGAAGAGCAACAAGCGAAGGAAAUGAAGACGAUUCAUGCAUAAGUUUGUAGACGUUUUUUACACAAUUUUUUUUACUUUGACCACUUUAAAUCUCACAAGAAAAUUUGAAGUAUAAUUUCGUUAGACAACGCCAUUUCGUAAACAAUUAUGGGCGGCAAAUCUCGCUGUUUUUUAUCUUUUCAUUACUAAAAACUUUUAAAGUUUUUUUACUAGUGCAUUACUGCUUUUUAAAUGUGUUUUAUUGGGAUCUCACGCCA